UGAACCAGGAAGUGCAAGCGGGAGUGGAAUGUAAACAACACGUAAAGGAGAAUAUCGGGUGUAAACGAGCGGGUUUCACGGGUUUAUUAAACCCUCAGCUAUAAACUAAGCUUAUAAACGUGUAGUAGCAUCCACCGGUGUUAUAACCAGUUAGUUGUAUCAGUCAUUUUGGCUGUUAAACUGGGAUUUGUCCGAGCAGCUUCCCCAGUGAUGCUCAACAUGCUGGAAGCGGCUGCAGAGCAAAUGGUGGUUCACAGAGACUUCCAGGCAGCGUUUGACACAUGUGACAGAAGUCUGCAGAGUCUCUGCGGCCCGGAGGCCGAGGACAGCCGGUCCGCAGAGUUCAAGGCUGGUUUCUGCACCAUAGGGAUCCAAGCCCUGGCUGAGCUCAACCAGUGGCCCGGUGUCCUCCCCUGGGUCCUGCAGCAGUACGAGCUCCAGGAGAAGAUACCUGCAAAGAUCAUGCAGAUGUGCAUACUUCUCUACUCGAAGGUGGGGGAGCCUGCUGUGAUGCAGGAGGCAGCCAGAGUUUGGUUACACUGCCCGUCCAACAGCAAAGCGUCGGGGUUCGGGACAGUCGCAGAACUGCACCUGCUGCACGUCCUCGUCCCUCUCGGACACACGGACGAGGCUCGGGAGUUGAUCGUCGGCGAGGUCGGAGGACGGGCGUUCACGGAAGACCAGAGACGGACAGCUCUGGAUGUUGUAGAUGAAAGAGAGCAACAGAAUCUAGAGCCACCUCUAAAUCCUGGGGGCGGCCCUAACUCUGCACAUAGUGUCUCAAAUAAAGGUGCUGUCGUCCAUAAACUCACAGCCAUGCUCCGUUUUUUAUACAAAAAACUUUUUAUGACCGGCUCUGGCUCUUUCUCUCUGCGGAGAAUCUUCGUGGCAGCCGUCCUUGUCUACAUGCUCUUACUUCGAAUGGAUCCAGCUCUCCCGUCAUCAUUCCUGUGGAUUUCCAAACUUCUUGAGCUGCUCAAACAGAUGUGGAGCUCCAUGGUUGCACCCUACUACCAUUCUCUCACUCAGAGCAAAGGACUGUGAAAGACACUUUAUGUUUUGAACAUAGUUUUGACUCAUUUUUGUAAUGGAAGAUGGCUUAAUUAUUUCCACUUUUGCCCAAAUCAGGUUGAUUGUUGUUUGGUGGUGUGCUUUGUUAAUUUAUAGCAGGAUUUAUGCAAAACUACUGAACAGAUUUACACAAAACUCGGUGGAAGGAUGAGACGAGGGCCAUGAAAGAACUCAUGACAUGUUGGCAUGUAUCUGGGCAAAGAGGCACUUCUCUCUUUCUUUAAUGAUAGAGAUAAGGUGUUUUUGAAAUUCUCUCCAAUUUCCCAGGAUGAAUAAUUAAGGAAUCUUGUUGAAAUAAAAUAUAUUUAGGAUAUGUAUGAAUAUGUGCACUGUGGUGAAUUGAAUUUAUCCGGACUGUUGGGCAUUGGCGUCAUCCUACCUAUGAAAACCAACAGUUGUAUCAACAAACUUUUCCCGUGUAUAUUUGUAAAUUUUUUGUUAGAAACCUCAGACUUUUUUAUUGCUGCAACUUACACAUAUUUUCAUAUGAAGACUGACCCCUCUUGAUCAUAACAUUAACUAUUUUACCACUAUAAUUAGUUCCAGAUUUUACAGGAGCAGCAGUGUGAUCAGAAUGUCAAUGGAAGACAUACAAAUUAUGGGUGACAAGAUAUGACAAUGAAUAUGUGCAAUAAAUAUAUACAUAUAUAUGA